CUACAGCCAGGAGUUGCUGGGCGGUUGCACCCAAGGGUGUCGAGUUUUGUCGGCUUUCUCGUGUCCGGGCUCCCGAUGGAUUAACUCCGCGCCCUCUCCUCCCAACCUCCGACCAUCACCCCGUGCUGCCGCCGGCUCCGACCGCAUGUCAGGAGAGCGGAACGCCGGCACGGGCUCCCCGGUCCCAGCCCGUCGGCUGUCGGCGGCGGCGCCUUGGCCGACCGGCAGCACCCAGCGCCUGCUGUUGCUGCUCAGUUGCCUUCCUGCCAUCCUGCUCGGACUCAGCCGCAGCUCCGACUCCCUCCUCACCUCCGAGCCUCGCGUAGCGUGCGCCAACAGCAGCCGGGGGCUCGGCGCGCUGCGGCCGCCCUUGAACGCCAGCGAGUGCCGGUGCACACAGUGGGAGUACCGGCUGGACACUGGGCUGUUCCAGAACAUCGUGACUCAGUGGAACCUGAUUUGCAAUUCCUCAUGGAAAGUCCACAUUGCCAAAUUUUCGUUGCUGGUUGGAUUGAUUAUUGGUUACUUGGUAACAGGAAACUUAGCCGAUUGGGUUGGCCGACAGUUGGUUCUGGUUAUCUCAGUGUUGUUUGUGUUGAUCUUUGGACUGACAGUGGCUCUGUCUGUGAACGUCACCAUGUUCAGCACCCUGAGGUUCUUUGAGGGCUUUUCACUAGCCGGGGUAUUUCUGACACUCUAUGUCACACGCAUUGAGAUUUCGCAACCUAACCAGCGCUUCAUGAUAACCAUGGUGGCAAGCUUCAUAGCAAAAGGAGGUCAGCUACUCACACCAGGUCUCGCUGCCCUAUGCCGCAACUGGCAAAUAUUGCAAGUUAUCAUCAUCUGUCCAUUUACCUUCAUGAUUCCUUACUGGUGUGUUUUCCCAGAGUCUCUCAAGUGGCUGCUAGCCACUCACCAGUUACAAGCUGCUAAAGAUUUAUUACUGGAAUUUGCACACAAGCACCGACUAGAACUGGAGGAUGAUGUGAAAGAAUUUUUGUCAGAGCUUGAUAAAGAGCCAAAGCUAAAACCCCAAAAAAUAUUCAUAAUCAAGCUGAAAUCUACACGGAUCCUGUGGAAACAUAUUUUAGUGCUUUGUGUGACUUCCCUGGCAGGAUUUGGGAUCCACAAUUGCUUUGCAAAGAGCCUGAUGGAUCAUAAAGGAGAAACGCUGAGCAAUUUCUACACCCACUACUAUGUCAUGGAACUGAUUGGGAUUCUGUCCUGUAUGGUCAUGUGCUUACUUGUUGGGCUGAUCGGGCGAAGAGGUACCCUGCUGGUGUUCACCAUCCUGACAGCACUCGCUUCCCUUCUACAGCUGGGCCUCGUAAACAACUUGGUCACAUACCUGCAGCAGCCAUUUUCUCUUGUGUUUUCCAUUGUGGGUUUGUUUUCAUCCCAUUCGAUGGGCAAUCUGAGCAUAUUCGUGUGUGCUGAGCUCACGCCCACUGUUAUCAGGAGCGGAGGUCUGGGUCUGGUGAUGGCCAGUGCAGGCUUUGGGCAGCUCACCGCUCCCAUCAUGGAACUCCACAAUCAGAAAGGCUACUUCCUACAUCACAUUAUCUUCGCCUGCUGCACUGUCAUCUGCAUCAUUUGCAUUCUGUUCCUGCCCGAAACCAAAGGACAGAACCUUCCGGACUCCAUGGAGGAUGGGGACACCUAUCCCAGGCAUCCCCUCAUCCCUGCCAGAAGGGCGGAGCAGCCGCUGCUCUUAAACACAGAGCUGAAGCGAUACUCGGGGCUGGGUCCUGGGCAGACUGAGGGGGUCCCCACUGCUAAUGGCACAAGCCCCACGUGACCCUCACUGUUCUCUUCACAGCUGCAUCUAAAAGUCAGUAGGCUCUUUUUUUGAGAAUCAAUUGGUCAAGGGUUUUAAUUUUGCACUGGGCAGCUUUGUGGACUGUGCUGGAGCUUGGUGCUGGCGCCUGUGCUGUUGAAGGUUGGAGGGCAGUGUUGGAGAUACAGCCUCUAUAGGACUGCACUGAGCAAGGCAAAAUCUUCAGGGCAGAGGGAGAUAUCCCUCACACUGUCAGCUUCCCUACAUUGUCCCCACCUUUCCCAGGCCUGGUCCACCUUGCUAUGCUCCUCCCUCUCUCAUUCCAUUGUCUGCUCCUUCCCUAAGCUGGUGACCCCCCGUCCCCCUCAGCCAUGGACAACAACUGCAUCAACACUACAGAAAACUGCUUCUUAUUCCUCGGAGAUGGGUGAUUUCAUUCAGCUCCAUUCAUCCCUGGACAGUGCUAAUCUUGUUUUAAUACCAGUAUUUCCCUCCCUUCCCCUACUCUUUAGGAUGUGUUUUGUAAUGUUCAGGUUGUGGUAAGCAAUUAACUUUUUAAAAUCAUGUACAGGUGUAAAUUAAAAGUAAGCAUUGUUUUUAAAUGUUUCUCCCGCUGACACCAUUUGUACGACGGUGCCUAUUCUAGAUGUUACUGUCAGCACCUGAAACCUCUCGAGUCACUCCCCUUUCUUCAUCUGUCACUUUACCAUGGAAAAUGAGAGGCCCAGGUCUUCCCGCGUCCUGUUGUCUCUUGGGCUUUGUGGUUCAGGCACUGACAUGUUUUCUGACAUCACUGAAAGUUCUGCAUAUCACCAGGUUAAUAUUUUAAAAUAGAAAAUAAAAUUCAGUUUCAUGU